GUAGGAAAUAAAAAUACCUUUUGCUACUUUUAUUACCUAUAAAUAAUAUUAUUUAUUUUCGUUGUAUCUAAUACGUUAGAUGGCAUUUACAUUUGCUACAAACAAAAUUGUGACAAUUGCUACAUUUAGCGCUAUAUUUGUUGUCAUUGCCUAUGCAAAUAAAACAUCUCGAUCGUUUUAAGUUUGGAAGUUUUAAGUUUUAAAAAGUGGAAAGCACUAAAAGACUAAAAAAUACAAAAAAUGAAAAAUAUUACAAAGAUAAAGAAUAUUACUAAUAAAAAAUACUGAAAACAAUGUACUGAAAUACACUUUCAACCGCUUUGACUGCUUCUUCAGAAUUGAAACGUACGUCCAUUUGUCACCGAUUUGACUUCUUAUUGGAAACGUAAUAUUAUCCCAUUUUUUAUCGUCAAAUCGUAGCCAUAAUCGUACAGGUUAACUUUGUAUGAUUCACAUACAAAGUAGGACUUUAAACGGGUUACCGUAGACCCAGCCACCGUUAUGCGAAGAUUAAAUAAUUGUUCUAGAUGCUUCGCAAAUAAAUAAUACUUUGAUAAUGAUUUAAAGUUAAAUAAUAAAAUGCAUGAAACAUUACCAUUAUUUAUUAUCAGCAAUGAUUAAAGAAUAAAAAUAGUAAUUGUAACAAAAACGAAGCGAUAAAUUUAUUAUGAUUGAAAAUGACAUCGGUAACAAACAACAAUAUUAUUAAAUUAUAUAAAUAUGAAAGUUUAUUAUAUUUUCUUUUAUGGACUGGUGCAGUAUUAUAUUCCAUUUACAAAGUAUUUCUAAUUAACACUUAUUUUAUUAAUUAUGAUGAUAUAUAUGGUGACUUUGCACCAGGAUGGACAUGGAUUGGAAGGAAACAAGAUGUUUCUGACGAAGAAUGGAGAAUAUGGAUACCAUUAAUAAUAAAAUUAAUACCUUGGUUAUUUCUUCAUCACAUUAUUAAUCAUUUCAUCAAAAUUUCAUCAAAUUGUAUGCUAUUAUGUUGUUCGUACAUUUUUAUAUCUUUAUUAUUUUUAUAUUAUUCUAUUGGAAUAUUGGGCACGUUGUGUGCAUUAAUUCAUCCAAGUAUACUCUAUAUUUUAACACAUAAACGUAGCAGAUCUAUCAUAUGGAUGAUAAACGUAGUAUUUUUAUUUAUAAUACACUUUCUUAAAAUUCCAAAUGGUAUCUUCCAAAAUACAUUUAAAUUAAAUGAUGAAGAACACUAUAUUUUAACUCAUAUAAUAUGUUGGGUUCAACUGAGAAGUAUUAGUUAUAGUGUAGAUAACAUAAAAUCACAUUUAGAAAAUAAUUGUGAUAAUAUGUCUUUUUUUGUACAGAAUUUUUUAUAUAAACUGGCAUAUUGUUUAUACUUACCUACAUUGUCUUUAGGACCAUUGAUUUUGUACUAUGAAUUUAUUGAUUCUGUAAAAAAAACAUCUCAAUCUUUGGAAAUUGCAGAUCUUAGAAAUUUUCUUUUUAAUGUAAUUAGAUAUAUUUUUUGGAUAUUUUUUGCUAAUAUUUUUUUACAUUUUCUUUAUUUCAAUGCAAUACAAUAUCAUCCAGAGUUUGUUAAAAGUUUAGAUCCAUGGACUUUGUAUGGAUUAGGAUAUUGCAUGGGUCAAUUUUUCUUAAUUAAAUAUGUUGUAGUAUAUGGAUUGACUCAUACUUUAUGUGCAAUAGAUAAUAUAAAAGCCCCUCCUCAACCUAAAUGUGUAGCAAGAAUUCAUUUGUAUUCUGACAUGUGGAAAUAUUUUGAUCAAGGUUUAUAUAAAUUUCUUAUAAGAUACAUUUAUGUUCCUUUGUUGAAAUCAAAUUUCAACAAAUUAUUCGCCUCGUUUUUAUGUUUUACAUUCGUUUUUCUGUGGCAUGGAAUGCAAACAAAUAUUUUUAUUUGGACAGUUCUGAAUUUUAUAGGCUUAAAUGUUGAAAAUUUAAUCAAAUCAACUGGAAAAAGUAAAUAUUAUUUAAGUAUACGGAAAAAAUAUUUGUCAGAAACAAAUGCGAGACGAUUUCAUUGCAUCUUAACAAGUCCUUUGUUAGCCAUGUCAGUUAUAUCAAAUUUUUAUUUUUUUGUUGGAGAAGAAAUUGGAAAUAUUUACAUCUAUAGAAUAUUACAUGAUACAGGGUACAGUACAUUUACAUUACUCUUCUUCCUUUAUUGCUGUUGUCAAGUUUCUACAGAUAUAAAAAAUUGGGAAUUACAAAAAUAUUCAAAACUAUAAAACAUUGAUUUCACAUCAUAGUAAAAACUAUUUCAAGAAUAUAUAUAUUGUUUAUAAUUAUAUUACCAAAUAUUUUAUUGUUUAAGUACAA